CGUCAAAUUUUCAAAACAUUGCAAAGGAAAAUAAAAUUAGACUUUUUUUUUAUUUUUAAAGUUAUCGUUAUUGUAUUUUAGGGUUUUUUUCAGAUAAGGAAAAUUAUGAAGACUAUUUCCGGUUUUGCAUUUAGAGAACAAGAAAAGUAGCAAAUCAAUGGUAAUAAAUUUCAAAUCGCUAUAUAAAUUCAUGUGCCUGACUUAGAAUUAUACACAAAUGCGGAUUUUGCUUAUCACGGUUUAUAAAAGCGAGAUAAGAUAAUUAAAAAUAAACGAUGAAAGCUUGAAUUUUAAAAGUACGCAAGACCAAAAACCGAAGGUAUUAAUUUCAGAAAUUUAAUAAUGGAUGUAAAUGAUUAUUUUAAGGAGAGAAAGCGUUCCAAUAAUCUUUAUAUGAAUAAUUUUGAAAAUAUAAUUGAACCAGGAUGUGAACCUAGAAUGUUAAAAGAAUACAAACCAAAAUUUGCUCAAACAUUCAAUAAAUACUUGACACCAAACGACUUGAAACUACACGUACUAAGCUCUCCUAAGAUUCAAAAUUUGAUAGAUUUUUACGCUGCGAAAACAAACAAAACUAAGAGUGAACUUGAAGGUCAAGUAAAGGAUAUUUUAGAUGAAAUUGGUUUAGAUCGUAAUUUAUCUAUUAUAAGAUGUUGCGGAAUGUGUAUUACUGCAGUUAGCAAAAAGAUUUGUUCGGGAAUAUAUGUUAACAAAAAAAGUUUGAGCCGGGUGAAAGAGAUAAUAGGGAGUAGCCCAGUACUAUAUUUACCAAGUCAUCGAAGUUAUUGCGAUUUUAUAUUGAUGUCUUAUAUUUGUUUUCAUUAUGAAAUCGAAAUACCUGGUAUUGCAGCUGGUAUGGAUUUUUACUCAAUGUUUGCGAUGGGAACAAUGCUAAGAAAAACUGGAGCGUUUUUUAUGCGUAGAUCUUUUUCUGGUGAUGAAAUAUAUUGGGAUGUAUUUAGAGAAUAUGUACAUGCCCUAAUAACUGUUUACCAUAUUGGUGUGGAGUUUUUUGUCGAAGGCACAAGAAGCCGAAAUUUCAAAUCUUUGGUCCCAAAGGUUGGUCUAUUGGCAAUGACCCUGGAGCCAUUCUUCAUGGGAGAAGUACCAGAUUUAACAAUUGUACCUAUAGGUGUUUCAUAUGAAAGAUUAUUAGAAGAGCAAUUGUUUGUUUAUGAACUUCUAGGUAUACCAAAACCGAAAGAAUCAACUAAGGGGUUUUUUAAAGCAUUGAAAAUAAUUGAUCAAAGAUUUGGAAAAAUGUAUUUGGACUUUGGGGAACCGAUUUCUCUCAGAGAAUAUUUAAAAGAUGAGGUAAAGAGGACAAAAUACACAAAUUUGCCGAAUUUUGCUCAAAAACUAGAUAAAGAUGACAUUAAUUUGGUUAAAAAAUUGGCGAUGGAGAUUGUUUAUCAACAACAACAACGAAUUGUAAUUACAACAUUUAAUUUGAUUGUUCUCUAUUAUUCCUAUUACUCUUAUAUGGGGAAAGGUGUGAAUAUUGAUAAUUUGUCAGAAGGUGUUGCAUUACUUAAAGAUGUUUUUGAAUGCUUAGGAGCAAUGAUCGCAACAAAAGACGAAAGUAUUAAAGCUGAAAUAAUUGAUACUCUUGAAAUACAUUCGAAUAUAUUGAAAAUGAUUCAGGGUCAUGUGUGUCUAAAUAAAACUGAAAUUAAUGUAUCAUCAAUAAAUAUGGAUAAUUUAAAAGGAUAUAAAUUAAGUAAAGAAAUAAUGGAACAAGCUGUACCAUGUUUAAGUAUUCAAUUAUAUAUUAAUGCAUGUAUGUAUUGGCUAUCAGUGCCAGCUAUAACAACUUUAAGUGCAAAAAAAAUAUGUAUAGAAUAUGGUAAUGGUUUUACAUUGAAUUCUUUAAAGAUAAAAGUUGAGGAAUUGCUAUCAAUAUAUAACAAUGAAUUUGUUAUUGUUCAAGAAUAUAAAGAAGAGGAUUACCAAAAAACUUUAAAUCUUUUACAAUAUUUUAAAGUAUUUGAAAUUGAUAAUAAUAAUAGUAGAGUGCAUUUUAAAGAAAACGAAGUUUCAAAAUUAUUAUUAAGUACAAUGGUUCCAUUUUUAUGCAUGUACUAUCGCUUAACUGAAACAAUAAUUUUACAAUUUUCUGAAAUUCAUUUCACUGAAAAGCAGCUACUAAUAGCAACACAGAAGCAUAUUGAAAGCUUAUUAAAUUCUCGAACUAAAUAUACUCAUCCAUAUUGUUUAGCAUUGGAUAAUUUAUCAAUUGCUAUAACAUCUUUAGUUAAUAAUUCAAUAUUAUAUAAAAUAAAAAAUGGAAAUGAUAAAAUUACAAAAUAUGGGAUUAAUUUACACGAACUAAAAAUUAUUAAUACUCUACUGGAGAAUUAUUGUAAUGUCUUGCCAUUUGAUUUUAUACCAGCUGAAUAUAAAAUUAAUAAAAUCUUAGCCAAAUUAUAAAAAAAAAAUACAAAAUUAUAUAAUUAUUAUUAUUAGAAACGAAUUAAAAAACAGAAAAGCAAAUUAGAAAUUGUAUUUUUUUAUAUAUGUAUUUAGAUAAUCUUGCAUUUUGUAUUAUGUAUUAUGCUAUUAUGUACUUUUUUUUAUAUAUACAUA